AUGGCUCCGCGGGACACCUUCUUCCGCUCGGCGGAUAUGAGCUUGACCCAGCUCUACAUUGCCAACGAGAUCGGGAGAGAGGUCGUUAGUGCAUUGGGUGAAGUUGGUCAGGUUCAGUUCCGAGAUCUGAACCCGGACACAAACGCUUUCCAAAGAACCUUUACGAAAGAAAUCCGUCGCUUGGACAAUGUUGAGAGACAGCUUCGUUACUUUCACCAGCAGAUCGAUAAGGCAUCGAUUCCCUUGAGGUCCUCUCAAGAUUUCUCCGAUACGUUGGCUGCCCCUCUGGCAUCGGAGAUCGAUGAGUUGUCGGAUCGCAGUGAGAGCCUUGAACAGCGAAUCGUCUCUCUGAAUGACAGCUACGAGACCCUGAAGAAACGUGAGGUUGAGCUGAGCGAAUGGCGAUGGGUUCUCAGAGAGGCCGGUGGAUUCUUCGAUCGGGCGCAUACCCAAACCGAAGAUAUCCGUCAGUCCUUCGAUAACGACGAAGCUCCUUUGCUUCGCGAUGUCGAGCACCACGCCCCUCGCCAGAACGGAGACACCCAAGCCCAGCAGAGCUUCUCAGAUAUGAACAUUGGAUUUGUUGCUGGUGUCAUUCCUCGAGAUCGCAUUGGAGCCUUCGAGCGUAUCCUCUGGCGCACCUUGCGUGGAAACUUGUAUAUGAACCAGUCCGAGAUCCCGGAACCUAUAAUCGAUCCUUUGACCAACGAGGAAGUCCACAAGAAUGUUUUCGUCAUCUUCGCUCACGGCAAGAACAUCCUUGCCAAGAUUCGCAAGAUCUCGGAGUCCCUCAACGCAUCCUUGUAUGGUGUCGAUGAGAACAGCGAGUUGAGAAGAGAUCAGAUUCACGAAGUCAACACCCGUCUCGGUGAUGUGGGCAACGUGUUGCGUAACACCAAGAACACCCUUGAUGCUGAGCUUUCUCAGAUCGCUCGUUCUCUUGCCGCGUGGAUGAUUAUCGUCAGGAAGGAGAAGGCUGUUUACGAUACUUUGAACAAGUUCUCGUACGACCAAGCGCGGAAAACGCUAAUCGCCGAGGCCUGGUGCCCAACCAACUCUCUUGCUUUGAUCAAGUCAACCUUGCAGGAUGUGAAUGAUCGCGCUGGCCUCACCGUCCCUACCAUUGUCAACCAAAUCCGCACCAAUAAGACUCCUCCUACUUAUGUCAGGACCAACAAGUUCACCGAGGCAUUCCAGACUAUUGUUGACGCCUAUGGCAUUGCCAAGUACUCUGAGGUCAACCCUGGAUUGUACACGGUUGUCACCUUCCCCUUCUUGUUCGCAGUCAUGUUUGGUGAUUGUGGUCACGGUUUCUUGAUGACUGCGGCUGCUUCCGCCAUGAUCUUCUGGGAAAAGAAGCUGCAACGGACCAAGCUGGAUGAAUUGACAUACAUGGCCUUCUAUGGACGAUAUAUCAUGUUGAUGAUGGGUUUGUUCUCGAUCUACACUGGAUUCAUUUACAAUGAUAUCUUCUCCAAAUCCUUCACCAUCUUCCCCAGUCAGUGGCAGUGGCCAGCUGAAAUUAAGGCUGGUGAAAUGGUUGAAGCCACCCUGAAAGAAGGCUACCGCUUUCCGUUUGGUCUGGACUGGAACUGGCAUGAGGCAGAUAACUCUUUGCUUUUCUCCAACAGUAUGAAGAUGAAGAUGAGUGUUCUGCUUGGAUGGUGCCAUAUGACAUACGCCCUUUGCUUGCAGUAUGUCAAUGGACGGCACUUCAAAUCCAAGGUCGAUAUCUGGGGCAACUUCGUCCCUGGAAUGCUUUUCUUCCAGUCGAUCUUUGGUUAUCUCGUCCUUACCAUUCUCUACAAGUGGUCUGUAAACUGGCAGGAGAAGGGAGUCAACCCUCCCAAUCUCCUUAACAUGCUGAUCUUCAUGUUCUUGAGCCCCGGUACGGUUGCCGCCGACGAACAACUAUACCCAGGCCAAGCCACGGUUCAGGUCUUCCUGCUUCUCAUCGCUGUCGCUCAGGUUCCUGUGAUGCUCUUCCUCAAGCCAUUCUGGCUCCGCCACGAGCACAACCGUGCUCGUGCUCUGGGUUACCGCGGCCUCGGUGAGAACUCCCGGGUCAGUGCACUGGACGACGAUGGUGACGCGAAUGGCGCCUUGCUGGGCAACCGUGACAGCCUCGCUAGCGAUGGAGAGGGUGUGGCCAUGCUCGCUCAGGAUAUCGGCGAUGGUGAAGAGCACGAGGAGUUUGACUUUGGUGAUGAGAUGAUCCACCAGGUCAUCCACACCAUCGAGUUCUGUCUUAACUGUAUCUCCCACACAGCUUCUUACCUCCGUCUCUGGGCUCUGUCGCUUGCUCACCAGCAGCUCUCUAUCGUUCUCUGGACCAUGACUAUCGGCAGUGCGUUUGAACAGGAAUCCCCCGUUGUCCGAGUGAUCAUGAUUGUUGUCAGUUUCUAUCUUUGGUUCGUGUUGACCAUUUGCAUUCUCUGUGUGAUGGAAGGCACCAGUGCCAUGUUGCAUUCGCUUCGUCUCCACUGGGUUGAGGCGAUGAGCAAGCAUUUCGUUGGCGAGGGUAUUCCUUUCCUGCCGUUCAGCUUCAAGGCCAUUUUGGAGGAGGACCCGGUUGACUAG